GAAGAACAGUUUUCGGAGGCCCAAGAGUUACUACAAGCAAUUUGAAAAAAAAGUCCAGUGAAUGUGAUGACUUUUCACAAUCGCAUGUUACCAUUGCUAAUGAUGCUACAAUGCAACAUGUAAGAAUUAAAUGUGGAAGUUAUUAUAUUCUCAAAGUGCUGGAAAUGCUAUGUGUCUUAGUAAACAAACGGUUGAUGAAUUGAAAAUGACUGUGCAUUCUUUUGUAGAAGUAUCUAAAUACCUACUAAACCAUGGAGUGGAUUUUAUAUUGAGUGAGAGGUUCCGUCAAGACCCACUACAAGCCCACUUCAGUAAGCAUCGGCACAGAGGAGGAGGAGCAAAUAACCACCCAACAGUUAUGGCUUUUGGGUAUCAAGAGAAUGUCAUCAGACUUCAAAAAUCUUAUCACAUGCAGUGCAUCACAGGCAAUACAGGGAGACACAAGAGAAGGCCCUUACAGCAUAUAGUAGAUGAUACUCCUCCUCUUCUCUUCCCAAACAGAAGUGUUAGUAUUUCUGUUUUUGAAAACAAUGUAAAAUAGUAAAAAAACAAGAUAUACUAAUAUAUUGCUGUUUUUUGUAUUUAUUGUUAGAUGUAAAUAAGUUAUAAAUAAAUACAAAUUUUAAU